AUGUGUGUCUGCCAUAUAACGCGCUGGCUUGUUGUCAUCUGGCUCAUCGUGUCCCUGGUCCAUCUGCAGGCCAAUGCUCUCCUCCAGUACUCCGCUGCUGAACUUUUAAAACUUCGGCACCACGUCCCCGCUCCUCUUCAGCCACCGGAGCGCGGACAUGACAUCCCCCCGGGCAUCGCCUUCCAGCCCCGGCGGCGACUGCACACUACUCCCAGCUCCAGCUACCAGCUGUUCCUCCUGCCCUGGCAUGUACAAAGAUGGCACAGACCAAGAACACAGGGGAUCCACCCUGAACCUGCCAGCAAAGUCAUAGUGCGAAAGCCCAAAACUGUGGGGAAACGAUGUCUGCAGUCUACACUCUACAGAGCUUUCCCAGGACCACUUCCUGACCCCGACAUCAUCGCAUCGGGAGAGAAAUUACGCCAGCUGGAGUCCCCGCCACUCAUAGCUCUUGUUUUAGAAGGUCUCUCAACUUUGGAGCUGGUUCCGUCCAAAUUUGGGCCUGUGCCUUGA